GGUUGUUUGAUUUCGAAACCAACUGGCGGUGUUGACAAUGACACUGCGGCGAUGGUGGUGGCGGCCGGAGUUGUGCGGAAAGUUUUAAAUGCCCGUGGAAAGCUCGGGUGGGGGCCGGAUCGUUAUUUAUCGCACCACGAGUCGACACUUGGGGGAAAAAAAACACUCUUUUGGAGCAGGCACCAUAAAAGGCGGAAGUGAUGAAUCAUGGCCUCGGUGAAGGUGGCGGUGCGGCUGAGACCAAUGAACCUGAGAGAAAGGGAUCUGGAUGCCAAAUGCAUCAUACACAUGGAAGGGAACAAGACAACAAUCACAAACUUAAAGAUCCCAGAAGGAAGUUCAGGUGAUUCUGGACGAGAGCGGAUAAAAACAUUUACUUAUGACUAUUCUUACUGUUCUGUUGAUUGCAGAAGUCCUAAGUUUGUGUCUCAGGAAAAGAUAUUCAAGGAUCUUGGCAGUGAUGUCCUUAAAGCUGCCUUUGAAGGCUACAAUGCAUGCAUCUUUGCUUAUGGCCAGACUGGAUCUGGUAAAUCAUAUACAAUGAUGGGAAACCCGGAAGAUGUAGGCUUGAUACCUCGAAUUUGCCAAGGGCUAUAUGACAGAAUUGCUGGGAAGUCUAAUUGGGAUGAAGCUUCAUUUCGCACAGAAGUAAGCUACCUGGAGAUUUAUAAUGAACGGGUAAGGGACCUGCUCAGGAGAAAGUCGACCAAAACAUACAAUUUAAGAGUGAGGGAGCAUCCAAAGGAAGGGCCAUAUGUGGAGGAUCUGUCAAAACAUUUGGUGCAGAACUACAGUGAUGUGGAAGAACUUAUGGAAGCUGGAAAUAUCAAUCGAACUACUGCUGCUACAGGGAUGAAUGAUGUCAGCAGUCGAUCCCAUGCCAUUUUCACCAUCAACUUCACUCAAGCCAAAUUUGAUGCUGAAAUGCCUUGUGAAACAAUUAGCAAGAUUCACUUGGUUGAUCUUGCAGGAAGUGAAAGAGCUGAUGCCACAGGUGCAACUGGAGUAAGAUUAAAAGAAGGAGGGAAUAUAAAUAAGUCUUUAGUCACACUGGGAAAUGUCAUUUCUGCUUUGGCUGACUUAUCUCAGGAUGGGGCAAAUUCUCAAACAAAGAAGAAACAAGUGUUUGUGCCUUACAGAGACUCUGUUUUGACCUGGUUAUUGAAAGACAGCCUUGGUGGAAACUCCAAAACAAUUAUGAUUGCCACUAUUUCACCAGCAGAUGUCAAUUAUGGAGAAACACUGAGUACACUUCGCUAUGCAAACAGAGCCAAAAACAUCAUUAACAAGCCAACCAUUAAUGAAGAUUCUAAUGUCAAGCUUAUUCGUGAGCUGCGUGCUGAAAUAGCACGACUAAAAGCUUUACUUGCUCAGGGGAAUCAGAUUGCAUUGUUGGAUUCUCCGACGGCUUUGAGCAUGGAGGAGAAGCUGCAUCAAAACGAAGCUAGAGUUGAAGAAUUGACUAAAGAAUGGACAAAUAAAUGGAAUGAAACUCAAAAUAUUCUCAAGGAAGAAACCUUAGCUCUUCGAAAAGAAGGAAUCGGUGUAGUUUUGGAUUCUGAAUUACCUCAUUUGAUUGGUAUUGAUGAUGACUUACUUAGUACAGGAAUUAUUUUGUACCAUCUCAAGGAGGGCAAAACAUAUGUUGGACGAGAAGAUGCCGCUACUGAGCAAGAUAUUGUUCUCCAUGGUCUUGAUUUAGAAAGUGAACACUGCAUCUUUGAAAACCUGAAUAACAGAGUAACUGUAAUACCGCUGAAUGACGCACAGUGCUCUGUCAAUGGAAAUCCUAUUAACGAGCCUACUCAAUUAAACCAAGGAGCUGUCAUAUUGCUGGGGAGAACCAACAUGUUCAGGUUUAAUCAUCCUAAAGAAGCUGCUAAACUCAGGGAGAAGAGGAAGAGUGGAUUGCUGUCUACUUUUAGUUUGUCUAUGACAGACCUUUCCAAAUCAUGUGAAAGUCUUUCAACCGUCAUGCUUUACAACCCAGGGCUUGAGUUUGAGAGACAACAGCGAGAAGAACUGGAAAAACUGGAAAGCAAGAGGAGACUAAUUGAAGAAAUGGAAGAAAAACAGCAAACAGAAAAAUCAGAAUUGGAGAGGUUGCAGCAGGAGGUGGAGUCGCAACGCAAAGAGACUGAAAUUGUGAAGCUUCGUAUCAGAAAACAAGAAGAAAGUCUGAAACGCAGAAAUUUAGACAUUGAAAGUAGGCUUAAAGAUUUGAUUGCUGAAAAAGAAAAAUUUGAGGAGGAACGGCAGAGAGAACAACUGGAAAUUGAACUGCAAAAGAAAAAACAAGAAGAGGAAAUUUACAUACGGGUUCAAAAAGAAUUACAGAAAUUACAGGAACUCCAUGAGCAAGAGAAAGCAGGUAAACUGGAAAUUCUUCGAGAACUGGAGAAGCUUAAAAAAGAAAAGGAUGAACAUAGCCUGAAACUAGAACUAGCAAAAAGAAGACUGGAAGAAGAAGCAAAAGAUCAACAGUCGCUUGUUACACGACUGGGUGAACAGCUCAGAGAAAAACAGGAAACUAUCCAGCUGCUCAAACGAGAUGAUGUGCAAAGCAUUGAUGAAGAAAAAAAUAUCCUGGAAGAAAUUAGGGAAGUUUUUCUUAAAGCUAAAGAAGCUAGACCUAGUGGAGGUGAAGAGCCUGCAGAUGUUCAAAGAGCAAAGCAAAGAUACAUGGAUCUGAAGAGAAUACAGCUGGAAAAAUUCACAGCUUUGGAAGAAGAUGCCUUUUGUCAAAAAGAGCUUCUUGAAAAGGAAAUUAUGAUGGAGCGUGAAGUUCUUGACCAGCUAAGGCAUAUGCAUCAAGGAUCUGUGAACAUUCUUCAGAAAGAUGGUGAGAGUAAUGCUUUCGAUUCAGGUGAAUUGAUUGAGGCAGCAGAGAAGGAAAAAGAGGUUGAGCAAAGGUUGCUGAACAAAGAACGACAACUGGAUUAUUUGAUGGAAAACCAUUUGCCUUCACUGACGGAAGAAAAGCAAAGAGCUGCAGAUAUCCUCGACCAAGGCCUCCCUAGUUUGGAUGUUGUACUUUACCAGACAGAGAAGGAAAUUGAAGAAAAGGGGGAGCAAUUAGCGCAAUACAGAGCUAGUACGGAUCAGCUCCAGCAACUCCAACAAACUUAUGAAUUUACAGCUAAUAUAGCUCGACAAGAGGAAAAGGUUCGAAUGAAAGAGAAAGAGAUCAUUGAAUCACGAGAAAAACAACAGAGGGAGGCACUAGAGCAAGCUGUAGCCAAAAUAGAAAAGAGACAUUCUGCUCUUCAGCGUCACUCAGCCAUUGACCUAGAGAUUGAAGAACAGAAGCAAAAACUAGCAACAUUGAAUAGCUGUGAAGAAGCAGAUCUUCGAGACAGUCUGGAGGCAGAACAGAAAGCCCUGGAACAAGACAGAGAAAGACUAGAGCAAGAAAUUCAGCAGCUGAAGCAGAAACUUUGUGAAAAUGAUGUGGCUCUAAGGGUCUGUGGAACCAUGGAAGAGAAAUCAUCCCACGCCAGUCCUGCUAGUCCUAAAAGAUCUUCAUCAGUUACAAUUCCAAUAGCUGAUGAUAGGCUAAAUGCAUACAUUGAAGAAGAAGUUCAGCGACGACUAGCAGAAAAGGCAAAAUUACAAAAAUAUCAUGAAAUGAAUGAUGCAGCUGGCCUCUCCCUUUCUGUGGAGCAGGAACAUGGGAAUCUUCAGAAUAAUAUGAACCAGCGCAAGCUGAAAUAUGAGCGCCUCUUUUCUCGAUCACUGGAGAUUGGUCCAGGUAACCUGAAGGAUCCUAUUAAAAUUAGUAUACCCCGUUACGUCUUGCGUGGACAAGGGAAAGAUGAGCACUACGAGUUUGAGGUGAAGAUAACCAUUUUGGAUGAAACUUGGACAGUGUUUCGACGUUACAGCCGGUUUAGAGAACUGCACAGAACAAUGAAGAUGAAAUAUCCAGAGAUCGGCGGUCUAGAAUUUCCACCAAAAAAGUUAUUUGGUAACCGGGAUGAAAGAGUAAUUGCUGAGAGACAAUCCCAUUUAGAGAGAUACCUCAGGAACUUUUUCACAUUGAUUUUGAAGUCUCCAACCUCACCACUGAACCUACACAAGGAGGAUUUUACACUGUCAAAGCACACCCUUUGUGAGUUUACACCAUUCUUCAGGAAAGGAGUUUUUGACUUCAGUAGUCAUGGGACUGGGUAAUUAAAUAAGACAAAAACGGGUAAAGCUUGAAGUACCAGGACCAAAAGCAGUGCCUUUUCUCUAUCCAACUAAAAUCUUCUAAAUACGCAGGCAGAUUAUUUUAUGAAGAGCAUCUCCAGUUUUGUCUUUAUUUAGUAUUGAAAAGCACUACCAUAUAGUUUAAAGUAGUAAUCCACGUAUACAGUCAAUAGGCUCCUUUACAUUAUCUUCCUCCAUAGUUCACUGAAUAAAACUCCAGCAUCUAAAUGCAGAGGCUUGCAUUGUAAAUAUUUGCACUAAACAAGUUAAAAAUUACUUCAUGCCCUAAGUCCACUGUUUACCUCGAUAAUAAUACUUAAAAACAAUGAUAUUCUUUCAUCAUAAUUAUUGCUUAAACAUUAAUUGUGUCACCAAAAAAUACAGACAGAGUUCAAGAUCUUUUUUGUUCAGAAAUAAGAUUACAUGUUUACGAUGGUUCUGUAGUGACAUUUCUGGACAAAAUAAAUGUUUGAUUAAAAUAUUGUGCAUUUUUGUACCACUAGUUUAAAAAAAAUUGCUCUAAGCAUGUGCAACUAUGGAUGCCAAUGGUGCCCUGAGUUUACAUAAUGUAUAGAUCUUCCAUUUCUGCUCUUUUCUACUUAAUUCCCCAGAAAAAAGUGGUAAAUUUAAUUUGAGGGGAGUUAGAAGCUCACCUCUAUUUCAAACAGUGUAGUUACAGCCCUCGCAACUACAGAAAUUUAAUUAAAUGCAACAAUCUCUUGAUUCAGCAACCAGCUUCCUACAUUGUCCAAGCACUUGUUGCAUGGAGUUUGCAUUAAAUUUUGAAAAAUGUAGAACAUGUUUGAAAAUGUUUCCCAGUACAAAAACCUUUUUACUAAAUAAGUAUAGUUGUAGUGCAAUUAUAAGAUUCUACACACUCGUAUUAUAUCAGCAACAUGUGUAAUUGCUUCAUUUAAAAGUGAUGCAGAUAACUUAAAAUAAAAACAAAAUGCUGAAACUAAUCAGGUCAGGUAGCUGCAGUGGAGGGAGUAGAACAAAUGUUGAUUGUUGUUACUUGGUUGUUUUUCCUCCUGUUAAAUAUCCUGCAUAAUUUGUCACAUUGAGUUCAAGAUGGACUCUAGUAAAGAUCCUAAUAGUUACAAAUAAUGCAGAAAUUAACAAUCAUACCUGCACAACUAACAAUUUCAAGAACCAAUCUGAUCCUUUUCAUUGAAGUGUAAAAGUCAUUCAAUUUAAAACUUGGUUACAAUGAAACUUUAGCCCCAUAAUAUCUAACAGGAGAGAUUCAUACGAAUGGGACAUUAAUAUUACAUGGGAAACACAAUGUAAUUUCUUUCAAUCACAUUUGAACUCGUUAAGCAAAGUUUAGGAAUACACGUUUCUAAGGUCAAGCAGCAAAACAGAUCUGAGGUUUCAGGUCAAAUAACCUUUCAAUAGAACUGAAAAAUUGAACUGUGUCAGCAAUGAGUUAGAUAUUUAAUUCUGCACUUCCUAACCUGUUCUCCAGUCUACAAGACAUGUCUCUCUUUUAUUUGACCACUAUCACACUGUCAAAUUUAACACUCCCCACCGUUUUAAACAACCAUGUGCAUUGAUUUACAUAGUGCCUUUUAAAGGGUAAAAUGGCCUAAGGCACUGAAUCCGAAGCCACUUGCUGAGAUUUCUCCCUUCAAUGAGUUGCAACGGUCCAUUCAUUCUACUGCAUUAGCUAUGAUGCCCUGUUAGGAAUGAGAAGUUACAGAGAAUCUGAGACUCAAGCAAAGUCGGUUUGAAUGCAAGGGAAUGGUUAAGAACUAUGAGGGAGGAGGAAGUUUAUGCGCUAGAUUUGCUGGCCAACUUCCCCCCCACCAGUAAUCCCCCACGCCACAUUCUGGAAUCCAGCUGUCUGGAGCUGGGGUGAUAGCCCCACCCCCAGAACACCCCUAAAUACCUUCAUGAGCCAGCAAAGCUGUAACUGUUUCUUUCAAUAAUAUCCAAAUACUAUUAAAAUUGAAGAAAGUAAUUUUUUUUUUUUAAAAAUUACAUUUUAGUAACUUGCACCUUUGCCCUGUGAUCCACAUUCGAAAUUAGAGGUCUUGAAGCUUAGGCCAGGCUCAGGCAUAAGAUUGUGUGCGAUUUCCCUAGUACAAUACUGUCAAAUAAUAGCUGGAGCAAUUCAGUGCAAUAUGUUCAUAUUGUUAAUUGGUGUUCUCAUCCUGUAUAAACACUCCAUUCAAUUUAGAAAGAUGUAAUUGCUCAGAUCUCCAGCAACUAAGUUUCUUUGAAUCCUUGAUCAGGUAACAUUUUCACAUUUGUUAAUCCUUAUCUAACUAGUUAUGCAUAAAUAUUAUUAUUGAUGUUUUUCUUGUUCUGGUUCCUAGUUAGUUGCUGGGGAUGUUUAGUUAGUGGAACUGAGGCCACAAUCUGUGCAUUUUAUCAGAGGCAACAAACCAAAGUUUGAAAUAAAUUGACUAAAAUUAUUAUUUACAUAGAAGAAUAUUGUUUCCCUUGCCACUUAAACCAAAAUAUGCACAAAUAUUUAUUUAGGCAAUGGUUGCUUCCUUGACUUUCGUUAAUAGCUUAUCCUGUGCAACAAUUCAGAUACUUGUAUCAAAUGAAAAUCUUCCCAUCGUGCAUGUUGGAGAAAGACAAUUUGUUCUGGUAUGGAAUAAUAUUCAUGUCUGUUAGAAUCACCACAAAAUCCGGGUGGAGAUGCCCAUCUGAAAAUUAUUAUUAUAGUAAAUGAGAAGAUCGGAGCAACUCCAUUUUAUAACAACUUGCAUCUGUAAAGCACCUUUAACAUGGUAAAGUGCUCCAGGUAUUUCAAAGUUCUUAAUGUGAUAUAUCAAAUGUUCCAAACCACAAUUUCACAUGAAAAUUUAACUUCUGUCCAGGAUGGAUUUUGUGCUGAAAUCCAAUCCAUAUAUAGUGCAAUAAAAGGAAUACCAUGUCCCAUGGAGAUCUGUUAAAUAUAAAUUAUUUCCCAAAACAUAUUAACUUUCCAAAUAUCCUGAUUGUAAAGAGGAUGGUGGAAACAAACCAAAGGUGUUGAAGUGUGUUUUUCUUUUCCCCCCCACUGCAUUGAGUACAACAAAUGGAUAUUGUGAUUUUUGGUUUUGACGUGCUUUGCGGAACCAGAUUAGUGAAUAAUGGCCAUUGCUACGUAUACUUUUCAUGUGAACGGAGCUACACUGAACAGCUGCUGCUUCAUGGCACCUGUAGGUGGGGACAAUCAUGAUGUUCAAUAAACCAGUUAUGCUCUAAUUGUAUACUGGUUUUGAUAAUUGUACUUAGCUUACUGGGUAGACUUAAUUAACAAGGAAACACUACUCAUAUUUCCAAAUACAAUAUGUACAAAGUUUUGUAAGCUUUUUUGUAGUAACUGGGAACUCAAAGAUCCCGUGAUAUUCAAUGAUGUAAUUUGUACACCAUGUAAAUAAGCAUAAAUAAUGCAAAUUUCAGGCUGAUUCUGCACCUAAUUGUGUAAUCAUUUAUAAUUUAUAACUGCAAUGAAAGCACUUUGUGUAUGUUUUUAUAGUGUUUAAAAACUGCUAUUUGUAAAGUAAACUCACUGACCUCAAAUAAAAUGUUAAGAUGAA